AUGGAUCGCCCUGCCAAGCGCCAGCGGACAAACGAACUUGGAACCGAUGGACUUGAAUCACUGCAACGCUCUAUAAGCCCUCCUAAGAAGAGAGCUCGAAAACCAGUCGCGAUACCAUCUCCGUGGCAGUUGACAUGGAUUCAGGAUCUUCCAGAAGGCGACAACAAGGAUGCAGUGACCCUUAGGGACUUGUUAGGAGAUCCCCUCAUCUCAGAAUGCUGGGAAUUCAACUUUCUGCAUGAUAUUCCCUUUCUGAUGAAUGCAUUUGAUCCUGAUACCCGUCACCUUGUGGAUGUUCACCUGGUUCAUGGUUUCUGGAAACGUGAAGAUGAGAACCGCAUCGAAUUGGAGAAUGCCGCUACGGAGUUCAAGAAUGUCAACAUUCACAUUGCUCCUAUGCCUGAGAUGUUUGGAACCCACCAUUCAAAGAUGAUGAUCUUGUUUCGGCACGAUGAAACAGCUCAGGUCAUCAUUCACACCGCCAACAUGAUCUCGAAAGAUUGGACUAAUAUGACCAAUGGUGUAUGGAAAUCGCCAUUACUCCCAAAGAUGCCAAAUACACAGGGACCUGAGUCCUCUCCUGAAGACUAUCCCGUUGGUAGUGGGGAACGCUUCAAGAUCGAUCUUUUAAACUACCUGAAGUCGUACGAUAAGCGCAAGAUUACCUGCAAACCUCUGAGCGACAAGCUCAAAGAAUACGACUUCUCAGCUGUCAGGGCCGCACUCGUCGCAAGCGUGCCCGGUAGGCAUGACGUGCAAGAUAUGUCGGAAACUUCAUGGGGCUGGGCCGCUUUGAAAAGAUGUUUGCAACAUGUCCCAUGCCAGCAUGGUGAUUCCAACAUCGUCGCGCAGAUAUCUUCGAUCGCCACACUAGGUGCAAAGGAUGAUUGGUUACAAAAGACUCUUUUCGAUAAUUUGAGUCGUUGUAAAAACACAGGACUCGGGCGGCCCAAAUUCAAAGUUGUGUUCCCUACGGCAGAUGAAAUACGGCGGUCGCUUGAUGGAUACGCAUCAGGUGGUUCCAUACACACAAAGAUUCAAUCAGCGCAACAAGCUAAACAACUAGAAUACCUCCGCCCAAUCUUUCAUCAUUGGGCUAAUGAUUCGUCUAGUGGCGCAAGCCUUCCUGAACAUCCCAUACUUGAUAGCGGUCGCAAGAGGGCAGCGCCACACAUCAAGACCUACAUCCGAUCAAAUGAAUCAACUAUAGACUGGGGUCUCCUUACAUCAGCCAACAUAUCAAAGCAGGCAUGGGGCGAAGCAGCUCGACCAACAGGUGAGAUGCGCAUUGCAUCAUGGGAGGUCGGGGUAUUGGUGUGGCCAGAAUUACUAGAGCCAAACUCCGUCAUGGUAGGCACUUACAGAACAGAUGUGCCGGACGUCACACAAAGCGCAGGUGAAGAUGAGGAGAGUCGACCCGUAGUUGGAUUACGAAUACCGUACAACACUCCGCUGCAACGCUACACAAGCAAUGAGUUGAUCAUGGACCCAAUAGGAAGGGGAGCUGGAGUUUCGCCAUUUGGCACUCCGCGUGGUUCUGGGGCGCAUCCUGCGUUAUCGUCUUCAUGGCGAGUAGGAUCGCCUCUGGCCGAGGCUGCUUUGGCUGCCGACAUUGCCGCAUGCUCGGAUGAGGAGUUUGAGGAUAGUGCCAUCGACGACGACGUCUCUGAAACUGAUCUCCAAGGCGAUCCCAUCAUGUAUCGUCGCCCAAGUGGUGUUGCUUUUGGAGGAUCGCGACCGAUAAUGAACCCUCAAAUAUAUGAUGAACCAGGCUUAACGGCUUUAGAGAGGAAACAGUCUCGUAACGCUGAGCGCAGUUUACUGCGAGACAACCACGUUCUUCCACCCAAGCACGGUCAUCGCCGGCAAGAUGGUUUCUUUACUCGUAUCUACCAGCGUCUUUUUAGCACGAAAAUACCGCAGGACGAGGAGCAGACGCCUACAGUCACAGUACAACCUCCUAGCGAAACGGCUCCUCUUUUGGGGCCGCGAGCUGAUGCUGUUGCGCCAGAGCAUCUCAACGAAACGUGGGAGCAUGCAGUUGCUGAACAUCGAAUUAAGACAACUUGGCAACGAGAAGCAAAGACUAUCGCAAGCUAUUCUGCGCCUCUCAUCGUUACUUUCCUCUUGCAAUAUUCGAUUAACGUUACUAGCAUCUUUGCUGUUGGCCGAAUUGGCAAACUUGAACUCGGCGCUGUGUCAUUGGCCAAUAUGACUGCGGCUAUUACUUGUCUGGCGCCUUUCCAGGGUCUCGCUACUUCUCUUGAUACUCUGUGUGCACAGGCUUAUGGAUCUGGUCAUAAACAUCUUGUUGGACUGCAGUUUCAGCGAAUGACUUGCUUCUUGUUCGUACUUGCUGUGCCAGUCGCUGUGUUUUAUUGGUUCUCUGAAGGUGUCAUCAGAGCACUCGUUCCAGAGCCCGAAUCAGCUCGUCUCGCGGGCAUGUACCUCCGAGUCAUGAUCUUCAGCAUUCCAGGAUUCAUUCUCUUCGAAGGCGGCAAGCGAUUCACCCAAGCCCAAGGCCUCUUCCGCGCCACGACCUAUGUUCUCCUCAUCGUUGCGCCCUUCAACGUCUUCCUAAGCUGGCUUUUGGUCUGGAAGUUGCAGUGGGGUUUCAUCGGUGCUCCUGCGGCUGUAGCCAUCAGCACCAACCUCCUCCCUAUCUUCCUCUUCUUGUAUGUUCGGUUCAUCAAUGGACGUCAAUGCUGGGGCGGUUUUAGUCGACGAGCUUUCAGCAACUGGUGGAUUAUGAUCCGACUUGCUCUGCCUGGAAUGAUCAUGGUAGAGGCAGAAUGGCUGGCUUUCGAGAUCCUGACACUGAUGGCAAGUCGAUUCGGUCCUGAAUAUCUGGCUGCGCAGAGUGUGGUGACCACAAUCACAACUCUAUCAUACGAGAUCCCGUUCCCUAUGUCUAUCGCCGCUUCAACUCGAAUCGCCAACUUGAUUGGAGCUGGUCUUGUCGAACCGGCCAAGAUGACUGGUAUUGUGGCUUUUGCUGCUGCCUGUCUUAUCGGAAUGUUCAAUCUCACUCUUUACACCACUCUGCGCUACAAGGUCCCCCUAUUGUUCACUCAGGACGAGGACGUUAUUGAGCUUGUUGCUGCUGUCAUGCCAAUCGUCAGUGUGAUGCAAGUCUUCGAUGGCCUCGCUGCAGGAGCGCACGGUUUACUUCGAGGUAUCGGCAAGCAAUCAAUUGGCGGCCCGGCCAAUCUCAUUGCAUACUAUGCUCUCUCACUUCCAGUCUCUCUUGCUUUGGCUUUCGGCCUUGACUGGAAGCUGAGCGGUUUGUGGCUUGGAGUUACGGUUGGAACUUUCAGUGUUGCAUCGAUCGAGUAUAUAUACCUACUCCGAACUGAUUGGCAUAAGGCUGCUGAGGAGGCAGCCAUUCGAAAUGCUGCUGGUUAG